GAACACAGCAGCAUCAUACAGAAUCCAUGAUCCUUUCUAGACGGUAUCUAUUACUACGUAGGGAUUCCCAAAUUGGCGCUCAAGUACAAUGCUAAAUCCUCUCAGGGCCCUUUCCCGCAAUACACCAUGGCCGACAGUCGAGUGAUACAUGCUUAUCGUCGUCUUUACCGCCAUGGUCUACGAGCGGUUCAGUUCUCAAAACCAGCGCGCUAUGUUCUUCGCGAUCGUUUGAGGGUCGCGUUUCGCGAAAAUGCUGCCAAACUCGACGAAACCGGUGUUGAAAAGACCGUCCAGUUCUUGGAGGCAGCGCAAAUGUCUCGCGGUCUGGAACACAAAGUACUCAAGAACUUGCUAUUCGUAGCAUUUCAUCGAUAUGAAGCCCGAAGUCUAAAAGCAAGGACGUCGGAUGACUCGAGGCAUGUGUCCCCCGCGAGUGGAAAAAAAAAAAAAAAAAAAAAAAAACCACAUUACUGACUAUCCCGAUAGACUUACACCCUUCAAUAGGAAGGUUAGAGAUACUGCCUUUAAACAUUACGACAUGACUAUAGCGAUGCUC